AUGCCCAACUUCCUCCCUGAUCUUCCACAAGACCGUACUAUGCGCACUCUCUAUGUGCGAGAAAUCAUCAACUCGCGAUGCGAGAACUACAGUUUUGGCGAAACAUCUAUGGCCUUUCUCCCAUACUUUUACAUAUCCGAGAUUGCCCAUGAUCUGAUCAUUGAUCAGAUCGUUUCUACUGACAUGUCUGGACACGGACUCUCACGAGAGGACUCCAAUGUACUGAAGCAUAUGCUUCAGACCAAGGCUGUGAGAUCCUUUGCUAUUUACUUAUAUUGUGGCAUGUCAUGGGACGCUCUCGUUGAGCUUUUAAAAGCCAUAAAGCACUCCGACGACGCACUUCCCCUGAUUACCCGCCCCACCGACAUGUCAGUGGAAUAUUUCGAGCGUUUCAAAAAAGAUCAGUAUCUCUUUCUCGCGCCUUUAUUUUUCGAAGGACGAUUCGAUCUCGAGCUGAACGAAAAGACACCCAUCCCAAUCAGCUUUUCAGAAGAAGACUGUCUAGGCACCGGUGCAGAGGGCCAAGUCUACGAGGCUACAAUCGACCCUGACCACGCGAAAAUCCCGGACCUGAUCGAACCAUUCGCCCUCAAGAAGAUCACAAGAGAAGGAACCGCCCUCCAUGAGAUGGCCGUCCUCGGAAUUCUCGCAACCUCCCCUGUCGCAGCACACCCGCACGUAGCCAAAGUCCACGCAGGUUUCACAUUCGAUGGGAACAGCUACGUGAUCGCAGAAAAGGUGUACUGCGAUCUCGACAAAUUCAUGCGGAAGAAUCGAGAAGGCGCCCAAUCUGAUCUCACUCGGGAGUGGUUCCUGCACCAACUCCGCGGCCUCGCCAACGCAUUUGCGACCAUCCACACAGCCGUCCCCGGCUACCGCGUACACCACGGCGACCUUCGGAUAGACAGCAUACUUGUCCGGGAAAGGAAUUCCAGAGACGCAAGAUCUUACGUAUACACUCUAGUGAUCAACGACUAG